ACAUCCUGUCUUGUUGCUCUUUUAAACUGGGCUCCACACUCUGCUACUCCUAACCACAAGAUAAGGCCUCACUCGACAAGACAAAACCCCAUUGUUUAAAGCUCUCAUCACCAACAAAGGUCUCACUUUUACACUUUCUGUUCAUGGCUACCACACACCUUUCUUUCACUAUUCCUACACUUCCUAAACCAUGUCUUCCACGUUACCACCGCUACGGUUUCUCCGUUUUGACUGGGAAUAGAAUGGUUACCGUGAAAACUCGGGCUAUGGGAGGAGACUUGCUGGGUGAUUUUGGAGCUAGAGACCCAUUCCCUGCAGAAAUCGAAAGUAGGUUUGCAGAGAAAGUGUUAGGGAAUGUUGAUACUGAGCAUAAGAUUCUUAUACCUAAAGUCUCUGCUCUAUCUCUUGCUCAACAAGAGUGUACUCCUGUCUCUCCUCUCCAGGCUCCCAUGUCUAAAGAUGAUGCUCAGAUGCUUCUGAGAAAGGUAGUUGGCUGGAGACUCCUGGAUGAAGAAGAUGGACUGAAGCUACAAUGCUUGUGGAAGUUGAGAGAUUUUAAAUGUGGGGUUGAACUUAUCAAUAGAAUUUACAAGGUUGCAGAGGCUUCUGGGAAUUUUCCAGAUCUGCACUUGGAACAGCGCAUUCAAGUUAGAGCAGAACUUUGGACUGAAUCCAUAGGAGGGCUGAGCAUGAAUGAUUUCAUUGUAGCAGCCAAGAUAGAUGAGAUUAAGACAUCAGAUCUUGUCCCUAGAAAAAGGGUAUGGGCAUAGUUCAGACAUUGUUUUUUCUUCCUGAAGGAAACCGGGUUUUACAGCAGCCAAUGACAAGGAAAGCAAUAAUUUUGUUACAGUUCAUAAAACUCCCAUGUAUUCAUUCUUCUUUCAAGCCAUGUGCAUAUGUAUCUUAAUUUUGUAUGAUUGUUUUUGGAAAGAAUGUAAACUGAAUUCAAUACCUUCUGAUGUUAUUAUUAAUUCAAGCACUCCAGUUAGGAACAUAA